AUGAUGAAGAAAAACAGCCGUGGAUCCACCAGAUCAUGGAGUGAACUUCCUUAUGAUGUCCUUGUAAACGUAUUCAUGUCACUCAACAUUAUUGACUUGGCUGCCGGUGUCUCCGGCGUGUGUCGCUCAUGGCGCGCUGCGUGUUCUGACCCCAUGCUAUGGCGAGAAACCGACUUCAAUACUAUGAAUGAAUCUGAUCUGAUCAACAUUCCCAGAGGUAUUGGUGCUUGGUCUGACCAGGUACGAAGGUAUUGCUUUUCACUUCCCAAACUUCACAUUAGCCAGUCUCACAUAGCUUUAGAAGCCAGAUUUUGGUUCUUGGGAAUAGCAGUUGUUAAAAAGGUCUUCCACGAGAAGUCAAAAGGCUCGUUUGCCAGAGUUUUUGCUUUUAGAAAUCGCUGCAGGACCCCAAAUCUCAAACAACUAGUCCUCUCUGCAUGGAGUCAAUUAGCCAUUGCCGGAUUCGAAGAGGCUGUCAAGCACUGGAAAGACCUCGAAUCUUUGACUGUAGUAUGGACUACUUUUCCAUGUACUAUGUUGAAAUCCAUUGGAACUCACUGCAAGAACUUCUCUAAGCUUGCUAUUGUGUCCCUUUUCAACCUUGAAUUUGCGGUGGCCAUAGUUCGGUAUAUUCCGCAACUUAAGGUCUUCAGCCUUCUAAAAUCGAUAUUUUGCAAGGAAGCUCUAACCUUUUUGAUGAAGAACCUAAAGCAUCUAGAGGUGCUGGAUCUAUCUCAUAACUUCCAGGAGGAAAGGGUUUGGCAUGGCAACAUUCGGUUCGUGAUAUAUGUAGAUCCCGACAAUGAAAUCAACAAAAAUGGCUCAAGGUCUGUGCCUGCAAGCUUCCGCUUGCUGAUGGGGAAAUCAUGCAAUUAG